GGUUCCACUUUAAAGUUGAACGCCCCGCCAUCGGCCAUCAGUGUCACUGUCAUCCCGUCCAGACCUUCCCGCUGCCGUCUUCGAUCGAUACAACUGUGACUGAUUUCAUCGGAACAUUUUGUUGCAACUCAUUCCUGAGUCGUCAACGGCGGCUUCUUAAGUUGUACCAGACCUCGGUUGUCUUUAUGCGCUCGGCUUCUUAUCUCUAGGUGAUGACGGCCUGGAGGAUUCUCUCCUCGUAUCUCUAACAGGAUGACUACAGAUGAGAGCGAUAGACCAUCAAGGUGGAUCAUGUGUCAUAUAAAACCGAUAAUACAUCUUCACGGAUAUCGCAUCUUUCACCAUUCACCUUGAAUUUCCGAAGUCCCUUCUACAUCGAGUUUCUGUCAUUUCUGCACCUAACCUUCAAAGACAGACAACCUCACAAUGGCGACCAACACAGAAACUCCCCUCCUCCUCUUCACCACCCUCCGCUACGACCCUCUCCUCUCCGUGGGUUCCAGUGACGGCUCGACCUCCGGAUUGUACAUGCUCCCCUACCACCGGGACCGCAUCCUCCGCGCCGCCACCCAUUUCAACUGGCCCGUUGUGGUCUCCCUCCUCUCCGGUGACAGCGGUCUUGAAACCCUCUCCUCAUUCAUUUUCUCCUCCCUCUCCGACGAGCAACGAGCCCACCCCAACCGUGUCCGCGUGACCGUCUCGGAGCAGGGAGAACUAGGGAUCACAAUCUCCCCCGUACCGCAAGUCCCUUCGACAUUCAACUUCUUCCCAUCUUCCCUUCCCGAGCCGGGUACCGAUAUCCCCACUAUAUCCCUGAUAGGAACAUCAACGCCAUUCGAGGUCCUGGUAGACACCCAAAAAUCCAAAAAGUCAACAUAUACCCAUUUCAAGACCACCAAGCGCCAGGUUUACGACGAAGCGAGGAAGAGGCACGGGAUCGCGUUGACAGAUCGAAAGGAGGUCUUGAUUGUUAAUGAGCAAGGGGAGGUGAUGGAGAGCAGUAUUGCCACGCCGUACUUUUGGAGGGACGGGAGAUGGGUUACGCCUCCGGUGAGGGAAGGUGAGGGAGAGACGGAGGGGGAUUGGGGGAGUGGUGGAAAUGAGGGGACUACGAGGAGGUGGGCUUUGGAGAGGGGAAUUGCGGUUGAGCAGGUUGUACUGGCAAACUCGCUGGUUGAAGGAGAAGAGUGCUGGUUGAGUAAUGGUGGGAGGGGAUUCUACUUUGGAAAGGUCAAGUUGAGCUAGGUCCUGAGAAGAGAAGCGGAUGAGCUUUCAAUGACAUGGAUUCCAUGAUGCUCUCAUUGCGCCAGGAGACCGUUUCUUGAAGUGGCUGCCGUUAUACCAUAAGAUAUAGCUUGCGAUUGUCCAUUGGUGCUACCGAGGCAGAUAAGGGGGCAUUGUUUGUUUGUUUCCGUCUCCGGCAUCACUGGGGCAACACACCAGGCUGGGCUGUCUCCCAUCGCGAGACCUUCAUGAGAUUUUGCGAAGCAAUGUAUCACGGUGCGCAAGCCGAGCCAAGCUAACAACUACUUGUCUAGAAGGUCCAACACAGACGAACUAACGACCCCGGGGUUUCGUUAUUGUUGAUUUCAUCCUUUUGAGUAUGUUCUGAUGAAGUUUCGG